AUGGAUAAAUCCAAGAAUGGCCGGCCACGGUACAAUCCGAGGCCGUUAUGCGCGACCGUCCUCCUCAUGACUUUGCUGGCCACGUAUUCUCUCUUCCUGAAAGACUGGUCGCCCAAAUCGGCCGCGCCAGCCAAACUCUUUGCGAGGGAUGAAGAAGUGGUCUGCGAUGAUGUCUACCAGGCCCAGGAUCAGUGCGCAUUCGUGCGCGCACAUUGCCUCGAAGAUGAGCCCGGCUUGGUCUCCUAUCUCACCUUUUACUUCUGCACUCUUGCCAAGGUUAAACCUAUAGCCUUUAUGCUUCUAGCACUCUGGCUCGGCCUGCUCUUCUCCACCAUCGGGAUCGCCGCGAGCGACUUCUUCAGUGUCAACCUCAGCACCAUCGCAAGCGUUCUUGGCCUGCCAGAAAGUCUGGCUGGCGUCACCUUUUUGGCUUUUGGGAAUGGCUCGCCCGACGUCUUCAGCACCUUUGCCGCCAUGAACUCUAACAGCGGUAGCAUGGCCAUAGGCGAGUUGAUCGGGGCAGCUGGCUUUAUCACCGCUGUUGUUGCUGGCUCGAUGGCUCUAGUCCGCGAGUUCAAGGUCAGCAGGAAGACCUUCGUGCGCGACAUUGUCUUCUUCAUCCUUGCUGUGAGCUUCACAAUGCUAUUCCUCACGGAUGGUAAGAUACAUCUCUGGGAGUGUGCAUUCAUGAUCGGCUUCUACGUCUUCUACGUCUGCUUUGUGGUCGGGUGGCAUUGGUUCUCCUCGAGAAGGCAGAAGAGGCGCACUAAGGAAGCGGCUUCACACAACCACUACUCAGGUGCUUCCAUUCAGGCUGGGGAUGAGAUUGAGCCUUAUCAUGAUGAUUCUGGUGAUGACGAAGAUGACGAUAGGGUGGGUUCACGCAGAGCGUCCAGUCACUUGCCAGACAUCAGCGCUUUGGAAAAUGGCCCCCGGAUCAAUGCCGACGGGUCAUCGCAGGACGACGAAGAUGAUGAUGAUCAAAAGCGACAUAUUGCGUCCGAGAUGACGAGCAGCAUGCGUGUUAACCGUCCUCGUGGCAGAAGAAGCCACACUACUAUCACUCCUAUCCGGCCGAGCUUGGUAGGAGCACUCGAGUUCAGGUCGAUAUUAUCCUCCUUGCAAAGGUCUCGGAAUAUGCGUAUGGCUCCAUUGACUCGAGGCUACUCCGACUACAAUUCUGCAGGCCUUCUGGCUCGCAGGAGCACGGAUUUGCUACAGUUUGAGGCAGACAACGACGACACAACAGCACAAACACAACCUUCGCUGACUAGGGACAGGGCGUUGUCGUCUGGAGAUGUGCCCCGUAACUUUCAGAAUGAGGAUAUAAUUAGUCCUCCGAUGCUCAAGGCCGACCCGGCAACGGAAGAGACGUCCGGCCAUUUUGGAGAUGCGGCACAGGGGCGCGCAUGUAAAAGCCCUUCGGUCUCAACUUCGCACAUGCUCAGGCCAGUGGACCAACGUGCGGCUGGCGAGGGGGGGAGGGAAAGAACACCCAGCCCUGCGGUCCCAACCACGAUAGGUGGUCGUCUUGCACCGCCCGACAUUCGCCCGCGGCUGGCCGCACAGCCUCCAGAGCUGGUCCCAGAGCACCCGGAGCCCACGAGGCCCAAAGCUUCCACCCCAGCCCUUUCUCUGCAGAUACCAAGCCCGAAGUUAGGGCCAAGUCAAACCUCAUCGCCGGCUUUGUCGCCUUUUCCUGGUUACCACGACUCGCCCGUUCAUGAUGGGCGACGGUCUCCACAACGGGGACGGUCACACUCGGUAUUGGCUCCACAUUCGGUUCUGGAGGACCAUAUUCCGGGCCUUGACCUUCCUGAAUCUCCAAAGCCUGUAAGGUGGUGGCCCUACAGCAUGCUGCCACCUCCACAUGUUCUGUGGCGAAUCAUGUUGCCGACUAUGCAAGGUUGGCGGGAGAAAAGCAUAUGGGACAAACUAUUCAGCGUCUUUUCAGCGCCAACCGUGUUCUUCUUGGUUGCUACACUGCCAGUCGUCGAGACUGAGGAUCAUUGCGAUGAUGCAACGUCGGAAGAUGGCCUCCAGUCGUCUCAGAUUCCUAACGGUCUGGGUAUCAACCCCCCUGCUAUUGCAGUAGAAAAUCAGACCGCGGUUCGGCCAGAGACGGAAUGGCAAGAAUACAGAAGGCGCUCGCGGUCUACAAGGUCUCGAUCAUCGAGUGCUUCGCGAUACGCCUUGAGCGUUGGUGUUACGCCCGAGCUGGAAAAUCAUCAGGAAUUCCCAGGCUUUCUGCCUCCUCCAAAUCCGCAAAUUGGGCAGCCAAUGUCGGUGUCAGGAGUUGGUUCAGAGCCCACGACACUGGAUGACGAGUCUGGCUCUUGGAACAGAUGGCUCGUCGCGCUUCAGCUUUUCACAGGUCCCCUAUUCACCAUGUUCAUAGUAUGGGCCAAGUACAUGGAUCAACCAGUCAAGACUCUGGUGAAGAUGAUCCUGUAUUCGCUUCUGACCUCUCUCAUCCUCCUCGCCGUGCUGCUUCUUUCUACGUCACCGACCACGAAACCGCGAUACCACUUCCUCUUCUGCUUUCUCGGCUUCAUCAUCGCUAUUGCAUGGAUCUCGACGAUAGCCGAGGAAGUCGUCGGAGUCCUAAAAGCGGUUGGCGUCAUCCUCGGCAUGUCCGAAGCAAUCCUCGGCUUGACAAUUUUCGCCGUGGGUAACUCGGUCGGCGACCUAGUCGCCGAUAUCACGGUCGCGCGUUUGGGUUAUCCUGUCAUGGCUUUAUCGGCUUGUUUCGGCGGACCAAUGCUGAACAUCCUCCUUGGCAUUGGACUUGGAGGAACGUACAUGAGUAUCAAGGGCGCGAACCACCAUCACAAGAAGCAUCCAGACGAGCCUCUUCAUUACAAAGCCUACCACAUCCAAGUCACAGGCACCUUGUUCAUAUCCGCCAUCACGGUCCUAGUGACGCUCAUCACACUCCUCGUCCUGGUCCCCACCAACAAGUGGAUGAUGACAAGGAAGAUCGGGCUGACCUUGAUAACGCUGUGGACUGUGAGCACCAUUGUCAACGUUAUUGUUGAAGUGACGGGGGUAUGGUCCGCUGUAGCUUGA